AAGGACACGUCACCGAUGAUGCCAUUAGGAGUGGCGCCUCCAAUGGUGCCACCAUCCCUUCAUGGAUGGAGACGUUGACACCGAUUUUUAUAAAAAAAAUUGUGAGUUACAUAAGCACUUAAUUUUUUUUUAUACGCACUUAAUUUAGGAAGGCCAAUGAAAUUUUCCUUAAAGAAAUACAUAUGUUUUAGAAAAAAUUAAUACUACUAACAAUUUUGAUGGUAUGAUUUUUAUACCAUACAGUAUUGAAAAACCCCUUUGAACAUCGUUAACUCAUCAACCUUGUUUCCAUUCCAAAUCAAUGUUUCUCACAAGACGUAAACAUGUCUUACAUUCAAUCCACCAAUCCUUCUAUUCAAACUCACGCACUCUCACCAUCUCCACCACUCACAUUCACCUACAACAACCACUUCUACAAAUGGCACUUACUGGCUUUAACAUGAAGUUUCAAAACUACAACGAACUCUUGAACGAAUGCGUGCAUAAAAAGGCAUUCAGAGAAGGCCAAAGAGUCCAUGCCCACAUGAUUAAAACCCGUUAUCUUCCUUCAGUGUUUCUCAGAACAAGGUUGAUUGUAUUAUACACGAAAUGUGACUCUUUGGGAGAUGCCCGCCAUGUGUUUGAUGAAAUGCAUGAACGGAAUGUUGUGUCGUGGACUGCUAUGAUUUCGGCUUAUUCUCAGAGAGGGUAUGCCUCUCAAGCUUUGAAUCUUUUUAUUCAAAUGUUAAGAUCAGGUACGGAACCUAAUGAGUUCACUUUUGCUACUGUGCUUACAUCAUGUACAAGUUCUCUGGGUUUCAUGUUAGGGAGGCAAAUCCACUCUCUUAUCAUAAAAUCAAAUUAUGAAGAUCAUGUUUUUGUUGGCAGCUCACUCCUUGACAUGUAUGCCAAAGAUGGUAAAAUUCAUGAAGCUCAAACGGUGUUUGAAUGCUUGCCAGAAAGAGAUGUAGUUUCUUGUACUGCUAUAAUCUCUGGAUAUGCACAACUUGGUUUGGAUGAAGAGGCAUUGGAGCUAUUUCGCCGUUUGCAAGGGGAAGGAAUGCAGUCAAAUUAUGUUACUUAUACUGGUGUUAUUACUGCGCUUUCUGGGCUUGCUGCUCUAGAUCUCGGUAAACAGAUGCACAACCAUGUUCUUCGCUCUGAAAUUCCCUCAUUUGUGGUUCUCCAAAACUCAUUGAUUGACAUGUACUCAAAAUGUGGAAAUCUCACUUACUCAAGAAGGAUAUUUGACACCAUGUAUGAGAGAACUGUUAUCUCUUGGAAUGCAAUGCUUGUUGGGUAUAGCAAACACGGAGAGGGAAGAGAAGUUCUUGAGCUCUUUACUUUAAUGAGAAAAGAAAAGAAAGUCAAACCCGACAGUGUCACAAUUUUGGCUGUUUUGUCUGGAUGCAGUCAUGGAGGACUGGAAGACAGGGGACUGGAUAUUUUUCAGGAGAUGACCAGUGGAAAAUUUGGAGUUGAGCCAAAGAUGGAGCACUAUGGAUGUGUUGUUGAUUUGCUUGGUCGUUCUGGUAGAGUAGAAGAAGCUCUUGAGUUCAUUAAAAAAAUGCCUUUUGAGCCAACAGCUGCUAUAUGGGGUUCCCUUUUAGGUGCUUGCAGGGUACACUCAAAUGUUGACAUUGGUGAAUUUGCAGGUCAUCAACUUCUCGAAAUUGAGCCUGGAAAUGCUGGAAAUUAUGUUAUUCUGUCUAAUUUAUAUGCGUUGGCAGGAAGAUGGGAAGAUGUAAGAUCACUAAGGGACCUCAUGUUGAAGAAGACAGUAACAAAAGAGCCCGGAAGAAGCUGGAUUGAGCUUGAUCAAGUGCUUCAUACUUUCCAUGCAAGUGAUCGCUCUCAUCCAAGAAGAGAAGAGAUACGUGUGAAAGUGAAGGAAUUAUCAGUUAGCUUUAAAGAGGUUGGUUACGUUCCUGAUUUGAGUUGUGUUUUACAUGAUGUGGAUGAGGAGCAGAAGGAGAAGAUACUUCUAGGCCACAGUGAAAAGUUGGCUUUGUCUUUUGGUCUAAUUGCUACUCCUGAAAGUGUUCCUAUCCGUGUCAUAAAAAAUCUGCGUAUUUGUGUUGAUUGCCAUAACUUUGCUAAAUAUAUAUCAAAAGUCUAUGGCAGAGAAGUUUCUUUGCGGGACAAAAAUCGGUUUCAUCGAAUUGUAGGAGGAAAAUGUUCCUGUGGAGAUUACUGGUAAGAAGACCCUAUUGAGAGCACUCAAUGACUAGGUUGGUGAAACGGAGGAAGAUAGAUGAAAAAGGAAACAUUGGCUUGCCAAAACUGGGACGUAGCUUAUGAAAAGAUUCAAAAUAGUAUGACAAUUGGGUCAUAAAGAAUUCAAAUGCAACAUUUUUAUUGGUUAUUUCUUUACUCAAAAUCAACGAAUUGAACACUUCUGUCCCAGUUAGCCCCAAUAACCUUGACCUUGGCUUCUUCUGUCUUAUCUGCCUUGGGUCUUCCUGUUGCUGCUCUCUUUGCAGUGCUAAUGGCGUUUCCUUCAUAGCGGAUAUAUUUUUCAUCUCCAGGGUGCCUAUCAUUCUUGCCUGUUGAGGAAAUCAUCUCCAGUUAAUUACUUCAAGAAUUUGACUGGAAUUUCUAAUCCAAAAAGUUCUUUACAUUCCUUGGAGGCUUUCUCUGUGCAAAAGCUUAUAUGUUUCUCCAAGUGAGUCUGAGAACCCAACGGCGUGAUAUGAUGAUAGUGUUGUUUUUGGAAUGCUAAAUUUUGAUAAAUUGAAAAAUGAGAAGGACAUUUUAUGCAGAAUGCCUUUGCAGUUGCUGCAUUUCCUUUAGACUUGCACGUAUCUGAAUCACGUGGCAUCUUUUAGCAAGUAGAACUGGCUCUUGAUAGCAAAAGAGAAUUUUUCUCCAUUCCUCAGUUUCAGAUUUUACUCAAGACAAGAAAUGGGUCCCUCAAGAUUUAUCCCUGAAGUUUUCUUCCCUUCAUGAACAUACCUUUGUUUCAGGAGAAUGAUCAAUUAGUUUUGGCUCCUUAUUCAGACACCUUGUCCUUUAAAUAAGCUUUUCAGUUCUUGCAUCCUUUGCAGACUCCUAUAUCUUGGUAUAGUUUGAUUUGGUCUCAUAUCAUUCGGCCAUCAAGAUCGUUGCUAGUAUGGAGAAUUUUCCAUGAUAAACUGUCUACUGAUGAUAACCUCAUAAAGAGAGGGUGACAAUCUCUAUUUGCUGUCUGCAGAACAGCAGUUGAAAUUAAACGACUUUUGGCCAAUUUGGGAUUGGCCGAGCUUUUGCUAUUAAUAUUAACAUUUUGGCCGAGCUCAUGUGAUUUUGCACCUUUAUUCUCUAUUUGUAACAGGAAUUGGAGCUUUCAAAUAAAUGAUGUCCUUCGGCUUGGAAUCAUUCACACCUAUUGGUUUAAUUAGUAUAUUCACAACAAUGGCAAAGUUGACGGUCAGAAUAUACAUUGGAAGUAUGCCAUUAACUGAUUGUAGCAUCUACUUAUAUGGUUGGUAAAUACUUUACAGGUCAUAUACCCUCCUGUGUCCCUAAUUUACUCAUUUUAAAGCACUUUGAUGUACCAGGACAUAUUAAUAAAGUUCCUUGUAUCAUUCAAGUUGACCGGAUCCCUCCACCCUGUUGGGAUAAAAUGUAAUGCAAAUGGAGCUGCUAGAGCCUCUCUUAAUCAUGCAGGAGGAGGUGACAUUUUUUCGUUUAAUUUCAUCUCCAAUGUCAGUUGCAUCAAAUCCCUACCCCCCUUAAAUCUCCUAAAUAUUGUGUUAAUUAUAUAUUUCAAUUAUAUCUUGAGUUAUACCCAGGCUUCUUCAGAGAUCCUAAAUUCUAACUUGCAUUUUGAAAAAAA